AUGAACUACACACCACCACCCUUCCAAUCCAUCCACUUCGUCCCCGCAAACGAGGAAGUCGACAUCCGAAGCCGCCCAGUCAAAGCAAUCCACGUCGUCACCCAUGAUCCCCUCCCCGACGGAGCCAACCACUGGUGCUUCUAUCUCCAACUCUCCUCGGGUGCAUCAAUAUGCGUCAACAUGGUGCUAACCUACAGCUCCCCCAGCACCAUACUCCCGGGUGGCUCAAAAGGCAAUAUAAUCCUAUCCGCCCUCCCAAGUAUCUAUCCGUCCUCAGCAACCAAAACGAUCUGCCUCAGAGUCUGCGCCAACCUGACUGUAGGCCGUGUUCUGGAUCUCCUUGUCCAGUCAGGUCGCGAUAAGUACGAUUUCAAUUCGGAGGGACGUGGGUGUCGGAUGUGGACGACUGAUCAGAUUGCACUGCAUAGAGCAACAGCACAGACUCCCUCCCAGCAGGGGACCAGACACCACUAAUGUGCAGAUUGUGCGGCAUUGAAGCUGUGCGUUAUUUACAUUUACCCUGCUGUGUUAGAUCUCUUACCAAGGGGUCUGAGAGAUUGCUCCAACAGUGGACUAAGUGUAGGUCUAAGCAUCCAUCUAUCCACCCCAUGCCACCCGAUGGUCUCAGUGAUCCCUCCGCCCCGUCCACACUACAUGGCCCCGCCCAACGGAUCCCCGCGCUCCGCUUCGCCGCAGCUAAAAACCCGCAGUGGCACAUGAAUGCUUCGCAGAGCCAACUUCGAGUUACGCCCUCCGAUGACUGCGCCUUCCAUGCCACCGAGCUCCUCGGGAUGGUGGA